CCCACACAUACGAUUGACGUUCUUCCGCACCAUCAAUCUCUUCUCCAUGUUUGGGGCAUUUCCAGUUUUUGUGACAGAUGGGGCACCAUCUCCUCUCAAGUCUCGGGCAAGGAUGGCAAGAUUCUUCCGAGCAUCGGGGAUUGAUACAUCAAGUAUGCCUGCAUCAGAAAAGGAAAUUUCCGUUGAGAGGAACAAGGCUUUUCUAAAGUGUGUGCGCGAAUGUGUUGAGUUGCUCGAACUCCUUGGAAUGCCUGUUCUAAAAGCUAAAGGGGAAGCUGAAGCGCUCUGUGCAGAGCUGAAUAGAGAAGGACUUGUUGAUGCUUGUGUUACUGCUGAUAGUGAUGUAUUUCUCUUUGGAGCUACCUGUGUUAUCAAGCACAUCCAUCCCAACUCAAAAGAUCCGUUUGAGUGCUACUAUAUGUCCGAUAUUGAGGCUGGUCUUGGGCUGACAAGGAACCAUUUGAUAGCAAUUUCUAUUUUGGUAGGAAAUGACCAUAAUCUAUCUGGGGUACGUGGCAUUGGUUUAGAGACAGCACGCCGAUUUGCCAAGUCUUUCAGCAAAGAUGAGAUUCUAGACAGGUUACUGGAAAUAAGCAGGGGAGGAACUGUGGAAUCAAAUGAUAUUGCCAGUGCAGAGGGUGGUGAUUUCGUGGCAUGUUCUGAGAGCCCUCGAAAACCAAAACUUCCACAUUGUUCAUACUGUGGACAUCCAGGAAGCAAGCGGGCUCACCUCAAGUCUGGUUGUGAGUUCUGCAGCAACACUGGCGAGGAUUGCAAGCAGAAAGCCCCGGGUUUCACGUGUAGCUGUUCAUCAUGUGAUAUGGAUAGGAAAGAAAAUGAACAGAGAAAAAAUGAAAAUUGGCACAUUAAAGUCUGCAGAAAGAUUGCAAUGGAGGACUUUCCACAUGAUUUGAUCAUUAAGAUGUACUUGCAAAAUGACAACAGACACGGUGAUGAUGGCCGCAAGAAGAUAUCGUGGACAAACCCAAAAACUGAUAUGCUUGUUGAUUAUUUAGCUUUUCACCAGCAAUGGGAUCCUUCAUAUACACGGAAGAGAAUGCUUCCAAUGCUAUCAACUUUGUUUUUGAGAGACGUGGCUGCUUCAAAUCCUGAAAACCUUUUGCUCUAUGGGCAGUACGAGUUUGAUCACAUUAAGCGUCAAGAGAAUAUGAAAUCUAAUGUGUUUGAAUAUUUAACAGAAGAUCCCGAUAGGAUGGAGAUUCAUUUCAAGAAAACCGGAAGAGCUGAUGAAGUUAUUGAUUUAACAGAAGAACCUGAUGGGACGGAGCUUAAUAUCAAGAAAACUGAGAUUGCUGAUGAACUAAUAGAUUAUACAGAAGAUCACGGAAAAGCAAUUCACACAACUGCUGAUGAUACCCACACGGUUACCUUCAAAAAGCCUGAUUGGACUCCAGAAACUUCUAGGAGAGGCGACGAAGAAAACUAUUUGACCAAUGAUGAGUUUGAACUGCAUGACGAAGCUGGGAGAGAUGAAGUGAUAAUUGAUUUAACCGAAGAGCUUGAUGAUGGGCCAGAGAUUCAUAAAGAGGAUGGUUGCUGCUAUUUGUCAACUGAUGAAGAUAUAGAGCUUGUUCGGAAAGCCUUUCCAGAAAAGGUCAACCAAUUCUUGAAACAAAAGGAGUUGAUAGAAGCGAAGUCGGCACGAAAAAGAAGGGGUCUCCCUGAAAGUUCAGAACCCUCCGGCGAGAUUCAGCUCAGAAUCAAUAUGGGAACUCGCAAGAAAAUUUGCUUAUUGGUCUUCGGCGAUGAUUGCAUCUGUCAAAACCUUGUCUCUGAGGUACUCCAGCACUGCACUUAUGAAGUGUUGCACAUUGGGAGGGCUACAGAUGCAAUGAACGCAAUCUGCAAGAGAAAAGAUGCACUAAGUCUUGUUUUAACAAACUUAAAUAGGUUAUCGACGAAGGGGGCCGAGAUCAUCCAAGUCAUUGAGAAGGAACUGAAUCUUCGCGUCUCUUCGAUGAUGCCACGAGAAGUGGAGUUGGAUACCGAAGGCAAAGAAUGCAAUGUUUCAUCAUAUCUUAUAGACUUUAUGGAUAUGAACGACAUGAGAGAGCUGUGGCAAUCUGCUGCCAGAAAAGCAGCAAGUGGUGUUGAGGAGAAUGGUUACAAGAAGAGUGAUGCUUUAACAUCUCAUGUGGAGACUAGUGAUUGUGAGGAGAGGAACCAGGGCCAAAACCGGAAGAGAAAAGAAACGGAAGAGGGCAUGGAAACAAGUGAAGAGUGUGAGACUAAAAAGAAGCCGAGGCUGAACUGGACUCCGGAUAUGCACCAGAGAUUUGUGGAGGCCAUCCAGAAGUUAGGCUAUGACAAGGCUGUUCCCAAGAAAAUCGUCGAAUUUAUGAAUGAGCCAGGGUUGACAAGAGAGCAUGUUGCCAGCCAUUUGCAGAAAUAUCGUACGAAUUUGAAAAAAGGUCAAGAAUCUUCAACCGAUUUUUCUUAUGGUCUGAACUUGACAAAAGAAUCUACAAAGCCAUUAUAUGGAUCAUCCCUUUCUACCCUAAACUGCAACCCUUCACAAAGAUAUUCCUCCCCCUUUGAUGGGAACAGUUCAGUCUUUUCCACGCCGUCCCCUCUCAUUCGCCAGUCCUACUUGCUCAACCCCAACCUCCUGGCUUCCAUGUCAACCUUAGCAGUACAACCCCAUAUCCACCAUGAUAACAGCAAUCAAGGGGUUCUGAGCCAUGUUCUUUCGCCAAAGCUGUCAUCUUUUGAUACAAUGCUGCACCGGAAACAAAUGAACUGUGAAGGGCCGAUGGAGUUCCAGCCAAGCUUUGUUCCCAAAAUGCCCUUAAGAGGGAACUUCACAGUUUAUGGGGAUGAGAAAAGGAGCAUGCUUUUGGCAGUCCCAAACAGGCGGCAAUCGAGCCAUCAUAGUCUUGCCAUAAACCAACCCAACACUUGUGAUUCCAACUUCAGGUUUCUUGGCCUUAGAGUGGUCAAUGAUGAACUCCAGUUUGGGGACAAGAGUUCUAUAAGCUGCACAGACAUUCAAAGAGAAAGCAGUUCAUCAUUAACCACUGAUUGGGUUUCUGGGAAUGCAGAUUCUGUCUCAAUCUCUUCGGGCUCUCUCAACCCCAUUCCCCAGCAGCAAUCUUCUUUGCCAUUCUUGGAAAGCUUAGUUCAAUGCGAACCAUUUCCAGACAGUUUUCCAUCAUUUCAUAGUGGGGAAAUGUCUGAAAGCUUCAUUUCCCAACAGCAAGCAACAUUUCCACCAUUUUAUACUCUUUAUAAUGAGAACUCUCCGCCGGGAUUUUCAGCCCAAGGAAUUAGCAGCAGCACAUCUCCAGAGCAACAGCUUUCGGUGCAGCAACCCACGGAUGAUUCAGAGAACUAUGCAGAAAUGUUUCUCAUUGAUGAUCACCAAAGUGUGUCUCUUUCGGUGCCGGGGAACUCUGGGAACUUCAGCUCAACACAGCAAGAGUCUUCUUCUUUAGAGGUGCCACCUGCAGUUCUGGAGAUAAACAGCUAUGGAGGCGAAGAAGAUAUCAGCGCGCUGCUAGACGCAACUGAUGCAGAACAUCCAGAGAGUUUGUGGGAUGAAGAUUUUAAUGAUUUACUAUUCAGCAUCACAAACUGACUUUUUUCACUUAAGUAUGCAAUAAACGGCAAAUAGGGUG